AUGGCGAUGACCUGUUUAGCCGAAUGCCCGACGAAGAUGGCGAAGCAAGGGUGUGAGGACGCAUCGCUCACAGAUCGACCUGGCCGAGAGGGGGAAGGGACAGCUGGAAAAGAGGCGGCGGCGGCGACGGAGGAUGAGGACGUGGUAGUUGGAGGUGGUCAGCGGUGGUUGUUGUUUGGAGAGAUUUGGCGGACUCGAUCGAGUUUCCCGCCGACGUCGAGUCCUGGUUGUGGGUAUGACAAAACACUUCAGGAGGAGAUGGAGAAGCAACUGGAGGCUUAUCGGAAACAACGGUCGAUUCGGCAGCGGACGGCGAAACGAGUGGGCACAAAGAGGAAGAUGGUAGAAAGAGAAGAAAGAGGAGGGGGGAAAACCGGUGGAGAGAGAAGAAGAGUACUAAGUAGUACUGACGACUUGGUCCGGACCGAUGGACACGAAUCAUCGAUCGCAAGACCGGUGGAGAUACUCCAGUUGGAUGAAUUCAUGAGCCAGUCUCGCCGAGGGUUGGAGCCUUGGAUUUGCCUGAACGAUGGGAAUUCUCGGCCCAGGUCUGUCUGGAGCGGUGCCAUGGUCGUCUGGAUCAAGGGUCCUUCUUGGACAGUUCAUAUAACGGAGGAGGCCCGUCCAAGAAAAAGAGUGGUGAGUGGUGAGGCACCAGGCACUGCAGCCAGUGCUGACCAGAAAUCCUCCGCGGAUGGCCCACGGGCGGCGACUCUCGGUGACGUUAACCACUCAAUGCUCCCUCGCCCCUUUGUCUGGUAA